CUAGCCCCUCAAUCCCAUCGCACACAUCUUUUGCACCCUUCCCUUUGAUAGCUCUCUAGAUCUUGUGCGAUCAUACCACCAUGGCUUCCAAGACUUCCUUCUCUAUGUUCUUCCUCAUUGCACUCAUGUUCUUAAGCCACAGCAUGGCUUAUGCAGCUCGCUCGCUGCUGCAAACUCCGGAGCCACCAACCCUGCCAAAGCCCACAGUACCUCGGAUGCCCGACGUUCCAACUCUUCCAAAGCCGCCGUUGCGUCCACCGCCCGACGUUCCAACUCUUCCAAAGCCGUCGACAUUGCCGCCGAUGCCCAGCAUGCCGACUCUUCCGAAGCACACGUUGCCGCCGAUGCCUGCCGUGCCAGGCGUGCCCAAGGGUGCAUUGCCACCCAUGCCCACACUGCCUCCAUUGCCUUCCAUCCCAAAAACUCCUUCCGUUCCAAAGAUGCCGAUUCCCUUCGCCACCCCACCCCCCGUAGCCUCUAAGCCAUGAUGGCCAUGUGGAUUGCUGUCCAGUUUGAUUGAUGUAUUAGUAUGGCAUGGAGAGCCGUUAUGGAAGCUGGUUGAGCUUUUAGAUCGGCUUGUAGUAAUAGCACAGGAUUUUAUAUAUUGUAUUAUUGUGAGUAUACUUCCAUUGUAUUCUAUGCUUGAGCAUGGAUUUAGCAUCGUCAUAUAAUAAAUAUUAUGAUUAUUACGACCAGAUUGCCA